AUGCCUAAUAGAGUCCGGCCGAUUGAGAAGGUGGCUAAAGCGACCGCUAAAUGUUCGACCGAGGCGGCGGCGUACGGAAAAUGUAUCAUCGCGGACUACAACUCGGUCCACAAGGACAUGUGUGCUAAGGAAUUCAUGCGACUCAAGGAUUGUUACUUGACUGCGUCCAAGAAGGUUUAA